AUGGCCGGGACCGAGCGCACGGGCCGGCGGAGGGCGCGUCUACCGGGCCGAGGGAGGGGCUUGGCCGCGCCGCCGACCCGGGCGCGCACCCCGGCCAGCCCCCCAGGCGCCCCCAGACCGGUCCCCGGGAGUCCCGGGCUUUUGCCCAUCCCAGAGCAGGCGGUGCACCGGGCCGCGUUUCCUGGAUGUUUUGGAAGCUUCCUGGACUUGCGGAGACUAGAGGAAUACACACUUUCUUUUGAAUUUUUACAACAAAUAUUUGGUCUGGUUUUGAAGCCUCGGGCUACUGGGUGCGUGAGUGACAAGUCUUUGACAAGUGGCCUUAUUCCAACUCCAGAGAUUCCUCAAGCAGAUUCUAACUUUAUAUACAAUCCUCAGGAGACAGGAAGCAUGCCAACCCAAUCGCUCUUGGUGUAUAUGGAUGGACCGGAAGUGAUCGGCAAUCCCCUUGGCGCCCAAAUGGAGCUCGAUGGCGCCACGCCGGUCAAAGGCGCCGCGGCGGCGCCCUUCCGAGCCGCGCAGGAGAAGAGCGCCGCGCAGGCGGGGGGGCACUCGCCGCUGGACUGCAUGUUCUGCAGCCAGAGCUUCGCGCGCUCCGAGGACCUCAGCAGACACGUCCUGCUGCAGCACCGGCCCACCCUCUGCGAGCCUGCCGUCCUGCGCGUCGAGGCGGAGUAUCUCAGUCCUCUGGACAAGGUUCAGGUGCGCAGCGAGCCUCCCAAGGACAAGAGCUGCAAGGAGAGCGAAGAGCUGAGCUGCGAAGUGUGCGGGCAGACGUUCCGCGUGGCUUUCGACGUCGAGGUCCACAUGAAGAAGCACAAAGACUCGUUCACGUACGGGUGUCACAUGUGCGGCCGGCGGUUCAAGGAGCCCUGGUUUCUGAAGAACCACAUGCGGACGCACACGGGCAAGUCGGGGGCGAAGAGCAGGCUGCAGCCCGGCCUGGAGAGCCCGGCGACCAUCAACGAGGUGGUGCAGGAGCCGGCGGCCGAGGGCGUCUCCUCGCCGUACAAGAUCUGCAUGGUCUGCGGCUUUCUGUUUCCAAAUAAAGAAAGCCUCAUCGAUCACCGGAAGAUGCACACCAAAGAAGCUGCUUCCGGGCCCCGCGGCCCGCAGGCCGAAGCCCCGCGGGAAGGCGUGCCGUCGCCGGGGGCGGAGCUGCUGCAGUUCCUGAACCUGAGACCCGCGUCCCCUGCCGAGGUCGCCAAGAAGCCGGCCAAGUGGAUACCUCAGCUGGACCCGUUCACCACCUACCAGGCCUGGCAGCUGGCCACCAAGGGCAAGGUGGCCGUGUGCCGAGAGGCGAAGGAGCAGCAGCAGCCGGGCCAGGAGGGCAGCACGGACAACGACGAGUCGUGCUCCGACAGGGAGGAGCCGGGGGAGGCCUGGAGCGGCAGCAGGGGCCAGCCGGGAGGCUCUGGGAAGCCCAGGGCGGGUAGAGGCGGCUGCCCCGGCCCCUCCCACGACAAGGAGAAGUCCAGACUCCCCCAUGGCGAAGUGCCUUCUGUGGACGCGGACCCCAAGUUGGCCAGUAGUAAGGAGAAGCCGACGCACUGUGCCGAGUGUGGCAAAGCCUUCCGGACCUACCACCAGCUGGUGUUGCACUCGCGUGUGCACAAGAAAGAGCGCAGGGCCGACGCCGGCUCGCCCCCCGCCGCCGCGGACGGCAGGCAGCCCAGGACAUGCUCCCCGGAGCUGCCGCCCACCCUGGAGGACAGCGGGGCCCUGGACCGGGAGGCUGGGUCCGAAGAUGGCUCCGAGGACGGGCUCCCAGACGGGCUGCACCUGGAUAAAAAUGAUGAUGGAGGGAAAAUGAAGCAUCUUACAUCCUCAAGAGAAUGUAGUUAUUGUGGAAAGUUUUUCCGUUCAAAUUAUUACCUCAAUAUUCAUCUCAGAACGCAUACAGGUGAAAAACCAUACAAAUGUGAAUUCUGUGACUACGCUGCAGCGCAGAAGACCUCCUUGCGGUAUCACCUGGAGAGACAUCACAAGGACAAGCAGACGGACGCUGCCGCAGACGGCAAGAGCGACGGGAGACCCCAGGAGGCCGAAGAUGCACUCCUAACCGCCGACAGCGCGCAAACCAAAAAUUUGAAAAGAUGUUUCGACGGUGCCAAAGAUGUUAAAGGCAGCCCACCGGCAAAGCAGCUGAAGGGGAUGGCCCCCGCCUCUCAGAGCGUCCUGGGCGGCGCCCUGCUGGCGGCAGUGCACAGGGAACCUCAGGAUCUCAGCGGGGAUGCAGUGGACGACGGUGCCGAGAAGCCGAGCAAGGCCCCCGGCCCCGCUUACUUGGACGCCUUGAAGAAGAGGCCGCCCGCGGACCCUCAGGCCAGCCCCCUGGUGUGCAGGACCGAGGCGGCCACGGCGGCCCGCCACGCGCAGCUGGGGCCCCCGGAGAAGCGGGCGGCCGACGCAGGCUGCCAGGAGAAGCCGCUAAACCUGUCGCUCGGCGCCCCGCACGGGGGCGCGGGGGCGCCUCUGGGCAGGAGCGUGACCGCCAGCAGCACCUGCCCGUUCUGCACCUUCAAGACCUUCUACCCGGAGGUGCUGACGAUGCACCAGAGGCUGGAGCACAAGUACCACCCCGACGCGCACAAGAGCUGCCGGGGCAGGGCUGCGCUGCGCAGCCGGCGGACGGGCUGCCCGCCGGCCCUGCUGGGCAAGGACGUGCCCCCGCUGCCCGGUGCCUUCAGGCCCAAGCCGCGGCCCGCCGCCCCGGCGCAACCCAAGCCCGCGCCGGCCGAGCGGCCCGCGCCCGGCGCCCAGGGGCCCAGCAGAGCCCCGCCGCCCGCGGGCGCCGACAGCACUUUAGCCCCCAGCAACCUCAAGGCGCUGCGCCCGCUGCCACCGCCCGGCCUCGGGGUUCCGGGGCCCGGUCCUGCCCGCACGCCGCCCGAAGCACCGCCCUGCAAGGCAGGCCUGGAGAAGGCGCGGCGGCCGGAGCCGCAGCCCGCCGCCGACACCACCAGGAGCGACGGCCCCUGGGCGCCCGCGCGGGACUAUGCGUGCGGCCGCGGUGGCGCUGAGCCGGGGGAGCCGCUGCCCAAGCGGCCGCGGGUCGCGCCGGAGCCGCCCUGCGCGCCGUGCCGCCGGCCGCCCGAGCUGCCGCAGUACCUGCGCCUGCGCGCCGCCCGCGCCCCCGCGCGCCCGCGCCCCGCGCCCGGGCCCGCCUUCGCCGCGCUGCUGCCCUGCGCGCCCGCUGCUGCCGCCGCGCUGGAAGGAAAAAGGCCUGUGUCCUAUCAACACUUAUCUAGCAGCAUGCUACAAAAGAGGAACUAUGAGAAUUUUAUUGGGAACGCACAUUACCGACCAAAUGACAAAAAAACUUGAUUUCCUGUUUUGGGGAUGAAAGGUCUUGAUGGAUAUAAAUGUGUACUCUCCAUGAAAUUAAAUUAGUUCAUCCUUUGAAACAGCAAAUGUUGAAAGCUACUGAAAUAAGCUGUGAUUGUACUGUAUAUAUAACACACAAAGGAACACUACGGUUUUGUAAAGUUGUUAACUUUUGUACCAAAUAGCAAUAAAAACUAUAGUUGGAAGAGUUGGGUUGUACACAAAUGGAGACUGGACAUCAUCUGUUCUGCCCCGAAAAAUAUGAUUUUUAGAAUUGACCAAAUAAGAAAUGGAGUUUUGUUUUUUUUUUGCAUACUUGAGCGCUGCUGAAAAGAAAUCAUUUGGGUUGGGGGGUGGGGUGGGGAGAAAGUAUAUAACGCUCGCACCUCAGGUAAAAAAUUUGUGAAUAGAUGUUGUAAACCUGCUUGUUUAAAUACUGUGUGUAUGCUUUUCCUCUAAUGUUGCUCAUCACUUUGAGCUCUUUUCUGCUAUUUGUCCUCCUUCAUCUAAAAUGUACGGUUUUUUUUUUUAAUCUCAAUGAUUUGUAUUAUGUCAAAUCCUCCGCUGUUUAUUGUCUUAAUGGAAUUGUUAACGGAGACACCGACCCUCUAUGAAUGGAUAUGUGCUGCACGUACCAAGACCAGCCUUUCUGUAGUUGGUGCCCUUCUAUUGCAAAUUUUGGAAGGUCGUCUGAGGCAGACCCAGACCCAUGGAGUCCUCUUCUCGGGGGAUUGGCGGGGGGAGUUUUAAGUGUGUGUAUCUAUAGAGAAGCAUUUCCUCUAGCCAGCCACACACUCAGUAAACAUACCAAAUUAUUUGUGGAGUUAGUUUUCUAUCCAAUGAAUCAUUUUUGUUGGAAAAUUCUGGCGUUUGCCUAAAUUAGUUAUAUAAAAAUAUAAAGGCUAAAUUAUACAUGUGAAUUACAUAUAUUGGAAGCAGUUUUUAAAAGAAAUGAAAGUUGAGGGGUAAAUUUUAGGUUUGCCUCUGGUAGUCUUGGUGUGUCUGGCGCGUCGCUUGGGUUGACUGGACACACUCAGGUUAAUUACAGACACGUGAAUUGUGCAGGAGUGCUCACUGAGGCUCCUGGUGCUCCGGGGACGUCACUGGUCUUGAGACCCCAGUUGUCUUCCCAUUUUUGGUGGUUUGGAGGCAGCACCAUUUUCUCAGUGUACAUGACAAUUUGGGUUUUAAAGAGAGACUAGCCACCAGCUGGCUUACUAAAUGUUUUAUUACACUUCUGUUCCCUUAAUCCACUGUCCAUGGCUGAGUGUUUUCAGCAGCACCUAGGUUUAGUGACCACAACACACUUUAUUAAGAAAACUGUUUCAGAAAUAAAUUUGCACUGUUAAUUUUUCUUGCCUUGCCCUUCUCCAUUAGAACAAGGGUAAUGUCCUCAAAGAAUCCUGAUUUUUUGUUUGUUUGUUCUCAUUAUGCAACACGACGCUGACUUGAUGGAAAAGUCUUAACUCCCAGAUGAGAAGGGAGACCUCUCUGAGCUGACUGCUGGCAUCGUGAUGAAGUGCUUUGUAUCAGGAAAGUGUACACUAUUGACCUUUCUUUCUGUUCACAAGCUGAGCCAUAUGUACAUAAUCUAGAGUUUUGUUUUCCUAGUUUUGCACUUUUAUAGCCUAUUUUUGAAGAUUAACACAUUGACAAAGAUGAUUGACCUGAUCCUUACCUAAUCCAAUGAGUGUUACAGAAAGCUUGCUGUGACGAUAAAUAUAAAUCUUAAAGGGGAUAUACACGAUGAUAGAGGGCUGAAAUUGAAAUCUGUAUUAAAAAAAAAAAAAUCACCAAAUCUAUUUGAAAACAAGCCAGUUCAUGUCAUGCUGAAAUCUGGAGGCCUUUCAGAUUUCUCCUUUUUACCACAUUUCUGGUUCCUUAAAAAUACAGUUUUGUUUUUUCUUUCUGCAGCCCUUGUACUCCAAAAUGUUGUGUUUUUUUUCCUUUUUUUGUCCAUCAGUAUUAAUUAUUGGGAAUACUACUGGUUUUAUGUGUUUUUUUUCCCUUUGAGACAACAGUACAUAUACUAGAGGUACAAUCUGUUGGAUUUUUGUUUAUGUAUUUAUUUCAUUCCAGUUUGAUUUAUUUUAAUUGUUGAUACUUACGUUGUCAAACAGUAGACAUUACUUGUUUUAUUUAUGAUGUAUUUCAGCUUAAAGUUAUGUUAUUAUAUGUGGAUGUAAAUAUAGAUUUGGUGUUUUGCA